AUAGAAAAUGCAGUGACUGCACCCGUCUCCCUGUGACCUAACAAGUUCACUUUAAUGAACCUCAAUAGUGACCACCUGAAGUCCUGCUGUUUCAGAGCAAAUAGGUUAUGAAUCUUCAUUUGUCUCUUUAUUUGGGGCUUUUUUUUUUUCCCUAAUUACUUACAGAUAGCAUGGAUAUCAUUAUACUGGGAAAGAAAUCAGCUUCGAGGAGGAGGAGGAGGGAGAUGUUAAUGUGUUUGUUGCUGUGGGUUAGAUUUGGCUUGCUGAGGUCACGGGCAUUUUACUGCUGUUUUACUGCAUUUUUACAGUUCCGAGGUUCUGUAAGCGGAGGAGCCCCUUGGUAGCAUCAGGCUAUGAGUUGCUAUGUAAGAUGAACUGUAGGCGUUUACUUGCCCGUCUGUCUGAAUUCGCCUCAUCCUACCUCGGUGGAUGGCUUAGCCUCUGGGAUAGCUCAAGACUCUUGGAUGACCACGCUUUAUGCAAAAUCCAGAAUCUUCCUGCCUGGACUCCUUUCUGUUUUCUAAGGGUUCAUGUUGGGGAGAGGCCUAAAGCGCAAGCUGAGUGACUAUGAGGAGAGCAUGGCUGGUCUCUCGAGUGCCUUUGAUUCCAGUCGAGGUCUGCCCUACCCACUCAAGAGGCAGCUGGUGCUCAACAUGUGCCUCACCAAGUUACAGACGUACAAAAUGCUGGUGGAGCCCAACCUGCACCGCUCCGUGCUCAUCGCCAACACCGUGCGGCAGAUCCAGGAGGAGAUGAGGCAAGAGAGCAGCCAGCAGCCAGUGAAUAUCUGCCCUGGCAUUGCUCCUGCUUCUCACAGCUACCCAGGGAUGGAGGCACCUGGCGUUUCCCUUCAGUUGCCUUCAGGUGUUGGUCAGCAGGAGUCCCACUGCUGUGAGCUGCGGUCUGUAGAGGACCCGAUUGAAAACAGCCUGCUGAUCGUUUCAGAUGAUGACAUGUCAUCUGCUAUUUCAUCUAUUCUGAAGGAUUUAGACUUUGUAGAAGAUAUCAGCCCACCUACUUGUCUGGUUCCUACUGGAGAUGACCAGCCAAAGUUUCCAGAAAAUACUGGUCUGAAACUUGAAGAUGACAGACAGGAUUUGAAGGGAGCCGAAUGUGUGUUUGGUUCCUUUGAGAUUUCAAAUUCAACCAGUUACUUGAAGGAUUUGGCAAUAGAUGACAUUUUUGAAGAUAUUGACACUUCAAUGUAUGAUUCAGACUUUUGCUGCCCUCCCCUGAUGCCACCCAGAUCACCAUCUCUUGCUACAGAAGAACCAUUGAAAACCUUCCCAUCUUGUAAUUCUUCUUCAGCAAACAACAUUCAGAUAUGUAGAACAGAUCUGAGUGAGUUGGACCACAUCAUGGAAAUUCUCGUUGGAUCCUGAUACUUGUUUUACCCAAAGAUACUUUUAGACUGCCACUUGCAUUUGGUUUCAGGAUAAAAGCCACUGGAAUAGUUGUAAAGAAUUCUUUUAAAAGCAAACUAAAUAAUAAUUUGUCCAUAUUAGAAUUUUCUAAAUAAUUCCAAACUUACAAACCAAAAAAGUGGCAGAUUUUAAAAAAGAAAAAUUAUUUAUCAGAACUGUGCAAUCAUCAUUUUCCUUCCAGGGUGUAUGUGGAACAAUGGGCACAUACCCUCAUCACCCCUCAUGCCUCUUUCAAUAAACUUUUUUAUGUGCAAUUUUUAAUUUGACAGAAGAAUUUACAUGCAAAGCAAAUUUCAUAUGAGGUGAUCUUUUACAAAGCCUCCACUUUAUUUUUAAUAUCAGAGUCUAUGCCAAGCUGGCAUCUGUCAAGUUGCAGAGUUAGAUUGUGUGGAUUGCAGACACGUUCUUAGAGAUGGGUAUAUUUUAAAAAUGAGACACGCUAUGCUUUCUUUUGGUCAGAAAAGCAGAUCAAGACACUUACCAACAAAGUCUCUUGCAUUUUCUAAAACAUUCAGAACUAUUUAUUUUUGUAAAUUUUAUAGUCUUUCUACAUUUUACUACGUUAUUUCAUCAUAGUUCAAAUAUAAUGGACUUCUAGUUGGAUGUGUUUAGCACUACCUCUGAGCUGAAAUGCUUUAACUCUUUCCAGUGCUUCAUCUGAGACUGCAGAUCUUUUUGUUUCUGUUUCUUUCUGGGGGAAAGUACUUCUAACUCAUUAAGUUGAUCCUUUGACAGUGACCUAGCUGAUUUGUGAAAUCAAGGGUAUUCAAUGUUUAAAAACUUUUAAGUAUUUACAAAUUAAUUUAUAUGUAGAUUGUGCAAUUUAACAUUUUUCUGUCAGUAUUAUGUGCUUAGAUUUUGAAUAAUCUUGGCGUUCUUUAAAUUAAAAUUUGCUAUGUACAGGUAGCUUUUUAUUCUCUUUUGGAAAACACUGUCCUUCACCCUGCUUUCACUACAGAUUUUAAGAUGAUUUUUAUGUGCAAUAUUAUUUAAAGAGAUACACAUUUUUAUACCUGGCAUUGUGGGAAGAAACGCUUCAAACUUAAAACCUCUAGCACCUUUGGAGGAUACUCAGCCAACAUUUCUGCAUCCUUUCAGAAGCCAAGCUGAGAGCACUGAGAACACAUCACCCUCUGCAGUGACAGCCCUGGAGCACCCGUGGGGCUGUGGGGACCCGGUGCUGGUGGCUCUGUCCCUCCCAGGGGCCGAGGCCACCUGGGCUUUGGAACCCCGGAGCUGCUGGCCCAGGCUGUCCUGGGUGGGGCAGGGGUGUUUUUAUGCAGAUACACAAACACCCUGCUCAGCUGGAGGUGAGAUUUGCAGUGAGAAUUGGUUUUCCAUCAGGCAGUUUGGGUUCUGUGUUUCAGCCUGAACCGAGGUCUAGAUCGAUCCCUGCUAUCGUCUUCUGAGUUUCACACUUGCACAUUGCUUUUUGGUUUGGAUUUUGUUUUUUGUUUUCCUUCUUUUUUUAAUUAUAAGACUUUUACUUUGUUCUUGAAAGCUGCAGCACCCGUCUUGGAAACUUGCAGUUGUAAAACCUUUGCUUUGGUUUGUUGUAUUUUUUGGGGUUUUAUUGUUCUGCUGAGACUUUUUUAUGAACAGAGUGUCGGCAGAGGGAAAAAAUGUUGCCUGUGUGUUGCAUCUCACAGAAGUUGAAAUCCUGGCCCUGUUGAAGGGGCCAGGGUGUCACCUGGUAUUUCUAGUCUUAACUGAUGCUGUGGCACACCUACCUUGUGCAGAGAUCUAUGUUUUUUUACUGUGACUCUCUUGGUUAACAGUUAGCUGCCGACAUAAUUUGGUAUCCCAGGCCAUUGGAGAACCAUUUCAGGUCACAUCCUCGCAGCCAUCUGGGUUGUUUAGCAGCUGAAGGGUAUAAAUGUAUUUAUAUGCAUAUAUUGUAUUGAUUCUAAUAUAAAACUUCUGAUCUAAAGCAUUUUGAAUUGCUGGAUAAAGGGAUUUGUUUGAAGAGUGUAUAACUAGUUCUUGAAGAGGUACAGCUUCAGAAUGUACACAGAUUGUGCAUUGUGUAUAGACUACUCUGGCUUUUCCUCAGCCUCUACUUUUGUAUUAAAAAUAUGACUGAAUAAAUCCUUGAAAUAUUAAGGGCCUUCUGCACUGUGAUGAAACAGAGAUGCGGUUAAAAAUGUCUUUAAAUUCAGUGAUGAGGGAUAAAAUAAAAAGACUGCAUCUAAUCUCUUUUUGCAUUUGAAAAUAUGGAAUGUUACUAUGCAGUACAGAUAUUUUGGUAUGAAAAUUGUAUCACAUAGCAAAUAGUGAACACUUAAUAAAUCCACUUUCCUUGCAGUCUCUACAGAAACAGAAGAGAAGACAACUUGCUUUUCAACAUUUAUGUACUAAAGUUUUUUGUAUACUGCAGCAAAAGAUUUAAUUGUUGGUAGAUCUUUUAUCAACAAUUCAAAAUGCAAUUUUUGUACAAGUCCUGGCUACAGAGCUCUGUUUCUAAUUGGUUGCUUGUGUCACAGUGCCAAGACCAUGAGCUGGUGUGUAAUGCAGUUUGGUUAUGUUUGGAAUUAUGUGCAAAGGGAAGUUUAAUUUUUAAAUAUGCACAAAUUAAUUUUAAAAUCCUUCCAUGUAAAAUGAAGUUAGAGGCUAGUUGUGGUGGACCUAUUUAUUGUAUGUUUGGAAAUAAAAGCCACAGUUUUGCAUUUAAACCAGUUA